CUGGCCGCGGCCGCCGCGAGGUGCUCGCGCUGUGCCUGGAACAGAACGAAGCGUGACGCGAUCGCCCACGCUCUAGCCCCGGAGCCUUCGGAACCCAGUGAGCCUGCCUGCCCUUCCAAGCGCCAUCUUCGACAUGGCUCCUGGAGAGAAGAUCAAAGCCAAAAUCAAGAAGAAUCUGCCUGUGACGGGGCCUCAGGCGCCUACCAUUAAGGAGCUGAUGAGGUGGUACUGUCUCAACACCAACACCCAUGGCUGCCGUCGCAUCGUGGUGUCCCGUGGACGCCUCCGGCGCCUUCUCUGGAUCCUGUUCACGCUGACGGCCGUAGCCCUGAUUUUCUGGCAGUGUGCCCUCCUCAUUCUCUCCUUCUACACUGUCUCCGUCUCCAUCAAAAUCCACUUCCAGAAGCUGGAUUUUCCUGCAGUCACCAUCUGCAACAUCAACCCUUACAAGUACAGUGCUGUGAGGCCCCUUCUAGCUGACUUGGAACAGGAGACCAGAGCGGCCUUGAAGACCCUGUAUGGCUUCUCAGAGAUUGAGUCUCGUAGGAAACGCCGAGAGGCUGAGCCCUGGAGUUCAGCAUGGGAGGGCACCCAGCCCAAAUUCCUCAAUCUUAUCCCACUGAUGGUCUUCAAUGAGGGUGAGACCAGCAAGGCCACAGACUUCCUCACAGGGCAGAAGCGUAGAGUCAGUGGAAGCAUCAUUCAUAAGGCAUCGGACGUCAUGCAUGUCCAAGAGUCCAAGGAGGUGGUGGGAUUCCAGCUGUGUUCAAAUGACACAUCCAGCUGUGCUGUCUAUACCUUCAGCUCAGGAGUCAAUGCCAUCCAGGAGUGGUAUAAGCUGCACUACAUGAACAUCAUGGCACAGGUGCCUCUGGAGAAGAAAAUCAACAUGAGCUACUCUGCUGAGGAGCUGCUGGUUACCUGCUUCUUUGACGGGGUGUCCUGUGAUGCCAGGAACUUCACACUUUUCCACCAUCCAAUGUAUGGGAAUUGCUACACAUUCAACAAUAAAGAAAAUGAGACUAUCCACAGCACCUCCAUGGGGGGCAGUGAAUAUGGGCUGCAGGUCAUCUUGUACAUAAACGAAGAGGAAUAUAACCCCUUCCUGGUGUCCUCCACCGGAGCUAAGGUGAUUGUCCAUCGACAGGACGAAUACCCCUUCAUCGAGGAUGUGGGCACAGAGAUUGAGACGGCGAUGGCCACCUCCAUAGGGAUGCACCUGACCGAGUCCUUCAAGCUGGGUGAACCUUACAGUCAGUGCACAGAGGAUGGCAGUGAUGUGCCCAUCAAGAACAUCUACAAUGCUGUCUACUCCCUCCAGAUCUGCCUCCACUCAUGCUUCCAGACUAAGAUGGUGGAGCGGUGUGGGUGUGCCCAGUACAGCCAGCCUCUGCCUCCGGCCGCCAACUACUGCAACUACCAGCAGCACCCCAACUGGAUGUACUGCUACUACGAACUGCACCAGGCCUUUGUCCGGGAACAGCUGGGCUGCCAGUCCAUGUGCCGGGAAGCCUGCAGCUUCAAGGAGUGGACACUGACCACCAGCCUGGCGCAAUGGCCGUCUGUGGUUUCUGAGAAGUGGCUGCUGCGUGUCCUCACGUGGGACCAAGGCCAGCAAAUAAAGAGAAAGCUCAACAAGACAGACUUGGCCAAGCUCUUGAUAUUCUACAAAGACCUGAACCAGAGAUCCAUCAUGGAAAGUCCUGCUAACAGCGUCGAGAUGCUCCUGUCCAAUUUCGGUGGCCAGCUGGGCCUGUGGAUGAGCUGCUCUGUAGUCUGCGUCAUUGAGAUCAUCGAGGUUUUCUUCAUUGAUUCCCUCUCUAUCAUUGCCCGCCACCAGUGGCAGAAAGCGAAGAGGUGGUGGGCCCGCAGGCAGGCACCCACUUGCCCUGAGGCUCCCCCCAGCCUUCGGGGCCAGGACAACCCAGUCCUAGAUAUAGAUGAUGACCUACCCACUUUCACCUCUGCUUUGCGCUUGCCUCCAGCUCCAGGGGCUCAGGUGCCGGGUACACCGCCCCCCAGAUACAAUACCUUGCGCUUGGAGAGAGCCUUCUCCAACCAGCUCACAGACACCCAGGUGCCAGCUGAGUCCUGAGGCAAGAUGAGGAAGAAAGAUCUAGCCAGGACCACCAAUCAUGGGCUGAGAACUUGGACCCUGUCUCCUGCACGCAGAGGGGCCCUCUACACCCACUCUGCACUUUUCAGAGACAUUGACUAUAAGUCUGCUUUGAACAACAAGGUGGGGCCGGGCAUGUGCAGGGGAGCUGAGCCUUGCCCAGCAACACUCAGAGCCAUCCCGAUGAGACAGAUCCUGCAGCACAAACCCUUAGCCCACGUGCUCAGAGAGAGAUGGGGUCCAGGAAGUGGUGCCUGAUAGAGUUCUUGACCAGAACUUGAGAAAGGUUCCAAAGCCUCCAGUCAAGUUAGGGCCCAAGGAUGGGACCUUAGGUUGAAGGGCUGAAAGUGCUGGCUGGUGCCAGGAUAGGAGGAAGCUCCAGCCCCCCUGGAGCCGUUUGUGAAUGAACUGUUUUUAGUCACAGACAUGGGGGCAAUGUCUCCUCUGUGCCUUCAGGCUGGAAGCUGGCCUGAGGGCUUCACAGUGUGUAGGAGAG